GAUCAAGAAACCAAAAGCGGGCUCCGAGUGUAGCAUUGGCAGAAAACAUUGGACUAGGUCUCCCUGGAGACUUGUUCUUCGAAAGUUCUUCUUUUACAGUGUUCCUAACGCAAAGGUGGUUAACCGGUGCCAUUUCCGGUCUAAUUUGGGUUAUAUCAAUAUCGAGAUAACGCCAGCGCUUGGACGACGGUUUCCUGGAUACAUAUGUGUUUUAGCAAUCAGACGUGAACGUCUUUUUAUGAAACAAAUGGAGUGUUAGUGGAAGUCGGAUUUAUACUGAUUAUUAAAUUUUCAGAUUUCAGGGUUAUUCAUUUAUAAAUUUUCACAUUUUCCCUAAAAUUUAAUGCUGUUCGUUUGAUGAUUUUAUAAUUCUUUACAAAAUGAUUUAUCAAUUUACAAGUUGAAACACAUUAUUUCCUUAUUUAUAGAAUAAGAUCUAUCUACACAUAUUUUUUAAAUUACAAUAUAUAUUUUCAUUAAACUGGAAUAUCUUUGAUUAUAGAAGAGUCCAAAUUAAUUCUUUAACGGAAUAUGUAACCCAUGGAUGGAUCCUUUUUUGAGUAUUCAAACAACCUAAAAAGAUAUGGUUUUAUAUCCGCAUGGACACACGAGUUUAGUAUUGUGAGGUUAUUUCGAACCUAGGUCGCUUAUCUUCCCAAAAACUAUUUACCACUAGCCAACUUUUUUAUGAUUUAAAUUUACAAAAAAUUACGAACAAGAAAUAAGAAGAUUAUUAUAGUUGUGACGUUUAAUACAUUGGUUGCAAUAUACACAAUCACCAUAAAACACUUCAGACCUCCUAGAUCGGUUAUUAUCCAAACUUUACGUUUAGAAUUUGUCAAAAUGUCUCUAUAUUGAUCUACAGUUUGGAUAAUGAAGGAUAAUUAAAUCUCGUUUGGCAAUUCAUCCUUUAUUGAUAGCUUGAUUAUUUAAAAUUCGGAUACACAUACCUAAAUAAUUUGAUAUUAUUGUUCUCUAAACCUAGGAUAAUUUUGUUAUUUUCAAUGUUAAGUUUUUUAGGUUUUACCCUAAUAACGUCCGAUGGUACAAGCUCGAGCGCCACUAACAUAGACGUGUACAAGAUGUAUCAUGUAUGUAUCACUAGGAAAUAUUGUUAGAAGUUAUAACAAAAAUGUAGUUUUCGUUUUUAACGUGUGGUGUAACAAAUCAAUUGGUAUCACUAAUUACUACAUUGUUGUAUUUUUAUCAUCCAACAAUAGACACUGGAUUGGUUAUCUCGUUGGUAGCUACAAAACCAAUUUUCUUCCAUAACUUUUCGUAUCCUUUCGUAAAUAUAUAAAAGCAAAAGAAAACGAAAGUGUCAUAAAGUAAAAAGAAAAACAAUAAGAAUUCAGAACUUGAGUAACUUUAUAAGAAAAUAGGAAAAAAAAUGAGAGGAGACUAUAGCAUUGCCAAGAACGGUAUAGUCUGGUGCUUUGUGUUGCAAGUCAUCAUAUUCUAUGUAGAAUCGAUAGAAGUUGGAGAUGUGAGUUUCACGAUAGCGAUGAAAAACGAAAUGUACGGCUUAAAACGUCCAUCAGUUGUCUACCGGUGUAAGUCAUCUGAAAAAUCCCUCCGGUGGCACAGCUCGCGUCCCAAAACGCAAUUUUCAUGGGAUUUUGAUGUACCGCCGUUUGGAAACGGCGUGGUGAUUCACAUAUGCCAUUUCCUGUCAAGCCAAGGGACAGCGCAUGUCGAGAUCAAGACGUUGUCGAUGACAUCUAUGUUGUGCGGAGGACAUGUGUGUAAAUACGUCAUCAAGCCGAACGGUAUAUAUUUCGUUGGUUUUGAGACGUACUAUCCGCACAACAUUUUGUUAAGGUUUAUGGAGUUGGUAAGGCCUGUUGAAAAGCUUGUCGAGCCAUGGAAGGCGUGGUCUCCGAGGCAGUUAAAAGCUUUGAGAGCGGAACGCAAUCGCACCAUGUCAAGCGAUGACAAAGAUUAUGAUGAUGACGACAAGGAAAAGGACGAUUAGGUAUAGAACACAAGAAAGAGACAGAAGAAAUGAUGAAGAAUAUAGUAGUUUAU